GGGGUGCGGUGGUGGAGAGCGGUAUGCGGCAAAGGGCUGCCCUAUUGUCUUACACCCUUCCCACCAGGAGACUAGGGUGGGCCUGGGAUCCCACAGGACUUUUUUUGGGUGACCAGAGUAGCUCCACGACCCGCUGUUUGCUCGUGGAAAGGAGAUCUUGUAGCUACGCAGGAUGGGAGCAAUGGUGAAGCAGAUGCUCCCUUCCAAAAUGACUUUCCAAGCCCUGUUUUUGAGUUUAUUUUGUGUUGUGCUCGGAAAGGCAAAUGUGAUUACUCAAACUGAACACAUGAAGGUGAAUGAGGGCGACAUUGCGACUCUCAGUUGUACCCUGACAGAGCCCGAGGAUGUUCUGCAAGUGACCUGGCAGAAGGACUCUGAAAAAACACACAAUAAUAUAGCUACGUACAGCACCCUGAAAGGAUUAAAGAUCCAUGAGCCCUACCAAGACCGGAUGAAUUUCACAAGUCUGGUACUCAAUGACACAAGCAUCACUUUCUGGGCUGCGAGACUGGAUGAUACAGGGUGUUACACGUGCCUCUUCAACGUCUUCCCUCGUGGCUCCUUGUCGGGACGGACCUGCCUGAGUGUCUUUGGUCUCAGUGCAUCUGUCCACUAUAACAUUUCCGAAGGUCAUUUGAUAGCCAUCUGUAAUGCUGUUGGCCUCCCAGAGCCCACCAUCAGCUGGAACAACCUGUUCAAUUACACCCCUACACAGGAGAGGGUCAGGCACACCAACGGGGUAGUGUCCAUCACCAGUAAACUGGAGAUCUCUGACUCUCAGAGCAUCAGUAAGCAGGACUUGACCUGCAGAGUAAGCAACAAGAAUGAAGAAAUGGAAUUGCCCAUAAAAAUCAAAAACGAAGAGGGAUUCUCAUUCCUGGGUCUGAUGAUUGCUCUGGGUAUUUUACUUGUCAUCUUGGUCCUGAUUCUGAUCACUCUGAGGUGGAGGAAGAGGAUAUGCAAGAGGACCUAUGGCGGAUACUAGAGGAUUGCCAUUCAUCUUACCUGAUCAUUGUGGCCUGGCAGCCUGAAGUCAAUAUUAAAAGCAGUGACUUCCAUGGCUAGAAAGUAGCAGUGAUAGAAGGAAAAUGCAUCAGGACCAGAGCACUGCACUGUCUAGAUGGCAUGUUCAUCACUGAAAGACUAGCACAAUGCUUGCUCUCCGUUAAUCACAAGAAGCAGGACUAGAGGGAACGCGUAGUCCACCUUCUGCAGCCAGGCAACAUCUGCUAUGCUUGUACCAAUCUUGGUACCUCCAGUCUCCAAAUGUAUUUGCCUUCUUCCCAUGGAAGUUUGAAGAUGUCCAGGGAUGGAGGCUCUGUGAGCUCUCUGGGGAUCCUCUUCCAGUACUUAAUUGAUCUCAGUAGAGAGAUGGGGGUGGGGUGGGGGGUAUUUUUGCUAAUUGCUGUCUGCAGUUUCACUUGGUGUAACUCCUCAUUCAUCUCCUUCCUGAUAUCACCUUUUCUUCUUUCUUAUCCAGCUGAUGCAACUCCCUUUCCUCAGUGAGUGUGCAACAACUGUAUUUCUGAGUUGUCUCUAGGGACCAAAUCUGCCAAAAAUUGUUGGUAAAAGGUCAAUAGGGUCCAUGGCAGGUGACAGAUUAGAAGCAGUAGCAACCACAGUUGAGAAAGAAGUGUUUUAAGUAAUUUAUUUUAUUUGACUUUUCUUUUAAAUCCCACUUCUUUGCUGUGUUUUUCAUUUGUUAAUUUUUUUAAAUAUAUUAUUUAAUAUAUAAGUGAUCUGAAGCAAAAUCCAGUAGUGGAAAUAUUAGAUACUCUUUACCUUUUCUAUUUUGCUGUCAUUCUCUCUCUGUCUUUCUGCUACAGUGCUGUUAACCCAGCCUGUUCCUUGCUUAGCUUUCAGAUUGCAUGGACUAGCCUCCUCCGUUGUCCUCAUGGUCAUCUUAUACACUGCUUAGAAUAGUCUCCCCGUCUUCAUCUUUUCUUGUUGUAUUUAAGCACAAACAAAUUAUUAUGCUGGCCUAAAUAAUUUUUCCCAUACUUGGACUUUGUCAUGUGGGAUGUUUUGCCAUGAGAUAACUACCUUGCAUCACUACUGAGGAUUUAAUGGUAUCAGUGGGAAGUUUUACAGAAGCUGAAUUUACUACUUCGCCAUGUUUUUAGUAGCGAAUAAAGACUCCGUGUUACUCAUACAAGCUGCCACAGGUAAGACUGGAACCCUUCUCUCCCUUUUUUUAAUUAUUUAUUUUUUUGACUUUUUUUCCCCCUAAAUGCCUACCCAUGUCUGCUGGUAUGAUCAUUUCCAGGCUUACUUCUCUGGUUGCCUGUCCCACCUGUUCACUCUGCUGCAGCACAUGGUUGUGAGAGCAGGCUCCCGGACAUUGCAUUUCAGUUCAUGUAGGAGGCCAAUGCCUAAGCAUGCCCACUGCCUCCUGAGUCCUCACUGGACCCCUGUGCCUAUUUCACAGCAUGAACCUUGCUAAAAACAAGCCUACCUCUGGGCGUGCCAACUUUGUGGCCCAUUUUACUAACAGCCAGGAGGACUGCAGGGUUCCUCCAGUAAGUUCUGUUCUACUCCAAAUGCUGAUGUUUAAGGUGUUGCUCAGUCUUUGUUCCAUCUUAAUAUUUGCCAAUGUAUUGGGAUCACUGCCAGUCUUUUGGGUUUGAUAACCCUUUGCUUGUGCACCUGAAGUACUCUGUCUCAUGAAGCAUGUGGUGUUUUGGUUUCUGCUGUCUCCCAGAUGUGUGAAAUAGCUGAGACUGGAAGGAAGCUCUGGAAGCACCUGGCGCUAGUCUUAGCCAACUGUAUAAACCACCUGUUUAAAAAAUCAACAGAGAAGGUUUGACAGCUGUGAGACUUGUGGCCAAUUCAUUCAGAACAGAAUUUUUGUUCUGAACUAGCCUGGUCAGAGUACUGCCAUCCAGAGUGGCUGCCUCUCAAGGGUCUGGCAAAACUUUGUGCGUGCUCAUGUCCACAUGUAUUAUUGAGAGCAUGAGGGGUGAUAUUUUCUGUGCAGGUGCAAUAUGUGUUAUUUAUUUAUUUCAUUUUUUUCCUAGCAAAAAAUAUCUGAUCCACUCCAAACACUAACUGGUCUGUAUUUUUCUGCUUGUAGAUUUGAGAUACCAGAAACUCUUCCUUCUAAGUUGGGCUUUUUUGUAGUCUCGAUUUGCACUUUCCUUCUUUUCUGUACAGAAAGCAGGGGAGUUUUAAGGGUUUUUUUUUUUUUAAUUUUUUUCAAGUGAAAUAAGUUUUGAGAUGAAUUUACAUAAGUAUUUUUAACCACAGCACCUGCAGUUUGCUUCAGAUUUGAAAAUUUCUUUGGUUAAUCAAAUGUAUAUUUUUAGCGGAGUCUCAUGUUUGUUGCUUAUUUAUUCUUUAUGUGAAGUUGUAUCCAUUACUUAUGUAUUGACUGUCCUGCUUUGUGUAUUUGCCUUUGCUGAAAAGAAGCCAAAUAAAGUGACUUUGAAAGUAA